ACGACGGCGAGAAACGUCAAAUAAUUUCUUUGUUGAUAAAUAAAGCAGCAAAAAUCCUCCGAGAAAUUGCAACAAAUUGAACUUAAAUCAGUUUUUUAUCUAUCGUCAAAAUAUAAAUCCAUCGUCAAAAUGGGUAAAAAGCAACAUCAGAAGGACAAAAUGUACCUUACGUACACCGAGUGGUCCGAGUUUUACGGUGGCCACAAACCGGAUUCGGUGGAAAAUGAGCAAAUCAAGUUCAAGCGGCUUCCGUUUGACCACUGUUGCCUCACGAUGGUUCCGUUCGAGCACCCCUACUGCGACAAGGACGGAAACGUGUUUGAACUGGCCGCGAUUAUCGACUUUAUCAAGCACUUUAAGGUCAACCCGGUUACCGGAGCCCCGCUUGACGGGAAGUCGCUGAUAAAGUUGAACUUUACCAAGAACCACGAGGGCCAGUACCACUGUCCGACGUUGUUCAAGCCGUUUACGAAGAAUUCCCACAUUGUCGUUAACGGAAAGACGGGAAACGUGUUCUCGUACGAGGCAACGGAACAGCUGAAUGCAAAGGCCAAAAAUUGGAAGGAUCUGCUGGACGAUACUCCGUUCACGCGGAAGGACAUCAUCACCAUUCAGGAUCCGAGCAAUUUGGAAAAGUUUAACAUUUCCAAUUUCCACCACAUCAAAAAGAAGCUGCGCGUGGAAACGGAGGAGGAACGGGCGGAACGCAAGGACCCGCAAGGACGGCUGAAAACGAUUUCAAUGGAGACGCGGGAGAUUCUUACGCAGCUGGAGAAGGACUACAAAGCACCGGAGGAAAAAUCCUCCGAACACAAGGUGGCGGACAAAUUCAACGCGGCCCACUAUUCCACGGGGGCAGUCGCGGCCGCUUUCACGAGCACCUCGAUGGUUCCGGUGCUGAAUCACGAGGCUGCGAUCAUCGAAGAGGACGUCAUUCGGUAUGAGCGAGUCAAGAAGAAGGGCUACGUGCGCUUGUUGACCAACUUUGGUGCGCUGAAUUUUGAGCUGUACUGCGAUCAGGUGCCGAAGACGUGCGAAAACUUCCUGAAGCACUGUGCUUCCGGUUAUUACAAUGGGUGCAUCUUUCAUCGCUCUAUUCGGAACUUUAUGAUCCAGGGAGGUGACCCAACCGGUGUGGGAAACGGUGGCGCGUCCAUCUGGGGAACUAAAUUUGCCGACGAGAUCAAGCCAAAUCUGACGCACGCGGGCAGGGGAAUACUUUCGAUGGCCAAUUCCGGACCGAAUACUAACGGAUCACAAUUCUUUAUUACGUAUCGAUCCUGUCGGCACCUGGACGGAAAGCACACAAUCUUUGGAAAACUCGUUGGCGGGCUGGAAGCCCUAACCGAGAUGGAACAUAUCGAGGUGGACAACCGCGACAGGCCGAUAGAAAAUAUUUUCAUCCAGAGGGUGCAAGUUUUCGUGGAUCCAUUCCAAGAAGCGGACGAGCAACUAGCGAAGGCACGAACUGACGAGCUGGAGCGAGUUCAGCGAGAGGCGGAGGAGAAGCAAAAGAAAACGGCAAAGGCACAACCGCUCAAGGUAUUCCGAUCAGGUGUGGGCAAAUAUUUAGACAAGGACAUCACCAAACGGACGUCGGCAGAAUCAAAGGAACCGUCCACCGGUGGGACUGACUCCACGCAGGUUAAAAAACGGAAACAGGAGGAGAAAAUCAACAAAUUUGGUAAUUUUAGUUCGUGGUAAUUUUCAACAUUCUAUUUAGCAACUAAAUUUUAAAACACA